CCUCACGCCUCCAAGUUUUCCAGCGGUUCAUACUUUUUGCUAUUCUUGAUAUAAGAAAAGGAGAGCUAUUUUUAUUUUAUUUUCUCUUUAAUUAUUUUGCUAUUGCACAUUUGACUUGAAAUCAUUUGUGCCCUAUUUUUCUAUUAGUUUGAUUUUCCAAGUAGUUUUUCUUGCUUCUGUCAUUUAAUAUUAUCUUUUUCUGCCGCCGGUGUGCCAGCACUUACCUCGCACUAAUAUCUAUUUAUCUGCCAGACAGCAAAAUCAGGCAAUAAUGUCCUACAUUGGCGACAAGAUAGUUGACGAGAAAGUCCUUUCCAUCAACCCUUUUGAAGGUGAGGAACUCCACCCCGAGCAUGCUGAGGACUACCUGCGCGAGGGUGAGCGCUGGGCCACUGAGGAGGACAUGUCCUUGCUUCGUCGCGUGGGCGACAAGAUCCCCACGGCCGCGUACUUUGUCGUUCUCACCGAGUUCUGCGAGCGGUUCACCUACUAUGGUAUUUCGGGCCCUUUCCAAAAUUACAUUCAGAACCCCUACAAGACGGGUCCACGCCCCGGUGCCAUCGAUGGUGGCCAGCACAUGGCCACCGGUCUGGGUAACUUCUUCCAGUUUUGGUGCUAUCUGACCCCCAUUCUUGGUGCCCUUAUUGCCGAUCAGUGGCUGGGAAAGUUCAAGACUAUUCUGGUGUUCUCGGGUAUCUACAUUAUUGGUGAUCUCGUUCUCACCCUUACUGCCAUCCCUGCCUCUAUCCGCCACGGCGGCGCCCUGCCCGGUCUGAUUAUCGCCAUGAUUACUAUUGGUCUGGGAACCGGUGGUAUUAAGGCCAAUGUCUCGCCCAUGGUUGCCGAGCAGUACGGCCGGUACCGCCCCUUCGUGCGCAUCCUCAAGAGCGGCAAGGAGGUUGUUGUUGACCGCGAGCUCACUGUCCAGUCUAUCUUUAACUGGUUCUACUGGUCCAUUAACGUCGGAGGUCUGGCUGCCAUCGCCACGACUGAGCUCGAGGCUAACGUUGACUUCUGGCCUGCGUACCUGCUGCCCACUCUCAUGUUCAUUAUUUGCAUUGCUGUGUUCUGGUGGGGUCGCGACAGAUACGUGAUCACCAAGCCCAACGGAUCAAUUAUCAUCAAGGCCUACCACACUAUUACCACCGCCCUGCGCAACCACCGCAAGGCCAAGGCUGAGAACCAGCUUGCUCUGGACAACGAAGGCAAGCCUGUCACUUGGAUGGACUACGCCAAGCCCUCGCUUAACUUUACCAACUCAGAGCUUGCCUGGGAUGACCGCUUUGUUGAUGAGCUUCGCAUUGCCAUUCGUUCAUGCAAGAUCUUCCUGUGCUACCCUGUGUUCUGGCUGUGUUACGGCCAGAUGUCCAACAACAUGGUUUCGCAGUCCGGCCAGAUGAACACGGGUAAUGUGCCCAAUGAUAUUAUGCAGAACAUUGAUCCGUUGUGCAUUAUUGUUCUGAUUCCGUUCUUCGACAUGGUCUUCUACCCCGCUUUCCGUCGCUGCGGCCUGGAGCUGCGCCCGGUUACGCGUAUCACAAUUGGUUUCUUUUUUGCUGCUCUGUCCAUGGCCUAUGCCGCUAUCAUCCAGCACGUUAUCUACACUACUGGCCCGUACUACGACCACCCUGGUGACGACGGCAAUGGCUUCAACCACAUCUCUGCUGGUAUUCAGAUUCCAGGCUACGUUCUUCUUGCACUUUCUGAGAUUUUUGCCUCGGUUACUGGUCUCGAGUAUGCUUACAAGCGCGCGCCCGAGUCCAUGAAGUCAAUUGUCAUGUCAAUCUUCCUUAUCACUAACGCUGGUGGCUCGCUCCUGGCCUUCUGCUUUAACAGCAUUUCGUCCAACCCCCAUCUCGUCGAGAACUUUGCUAUUGUCUCUGGUCUCAUGGGUGGAUUCACCAUUCUCUUCUACGUGUGCUUCCGUCACUACGAUCAGAUGGAAGUCGAGGAGCUCAAGGGGAAUACUACUUUUGAAAAUAGGCUGGAUCAAUAAAUUAUUGGUUUUUUAUUUGCGGUCCUGUCCUAUAUAUUGCGGUUGAAUUAACACAACUCGCGCCACUAUUAAUAUUGAGAUCCUGAAAUAAAUAUAUUACUCUUUCCAAAAAAUGCG